AUGUCUACUUCCGAUGCUAUUCGUUUGUUUGACGUUGGAGCAAGUCAAGCCCAGGGAAGCAGAAGAUUCCAGGAGGAUCGAUACACGACCAUUGUGCCUGAACACUUUCCCGCCAGUACAAAUGAAAAUCUCGCCUUUUUCGCAGUUUAUGAUGGCCACGGAUCUGGCGAAGUUGCAGACCAUGCCAGCAAGAAUUUACACAACCUCCUUGCUCAGCGAUCCGAGCUGCCACGGGGGGAGUAUGCGAUUGCCAUCAAGGCCGCCUUGGCUGACGAGGAUGCAUUGCUGCUGGAGAAAUUCAAAUUCGAGUCCGUCGAGCCCGCCGUGUCGGGAUCGACCGUUGCCCUGUGCCUGAUCAACCUGACAGAGGGAGAACUAGUGGUCUCCAAUCUCGGGGAUUCGCAUGUCAUUAUGGCGGAACGGGAUUCGACAACUGGGGCUCCAUUUCAUAUUCGUCGACUGACCGAAGCACACAAACCAGAUACCCCGACGGAAAGCGCCCGGAUCAAAGAGGCAGGAGGCAUUGUCGAAAGACGAAAUGGGGUCUCUCGGCUUGGUAAGUCGCAGCUAUGGACCCUGAACGGCGCGGGGACCGGACCUUGGGACGGCGGUGACGGAUAUGGGGGGGCUCGAGGGGCAUCCUGGAGAGUGGGCGGAGACGCUAGAGAGCGGGCCCUCCCAGGCCGUCAACGCGAGUCAUUUCGAUGGUCGUCCUGCAGACGACGAAACUAUACUCACCUAGGUAAUUCGAUGUGGCCAGGAUCCUUGAACAUGUCCCGUGCACUGGGAGAUUUGCAAUACAAAAACCCGGUCAACACGGUCGGGGAGGAAUACACAACAACUCCAGUCCGACGCGCCUCGUCGUCAUCCACGUCUAUGCGAGGGAACUUGGUGUCCAACGAACCCUAUACAUCACGACGGAUCUUGCACGCUCAUCACCGAUACCUGCUCGUUAUCGUAUCGGAUGGAGUCUCUGAUUACAUCGAUGAUACGGUGCUGAUCCAGUAUGUGAUGGAGCUGUCACUGCAAGGAAUGCGGGCCACCGACAUUGCGCACGAAGUGGUCCAUCGUAUGGCUGGUCGACCAAGGAGCGAUAAUGCUUCGUGUGUGAUUGUGAUGCUGAACGGGCAACAGUCGUAA